AUGCUCUACGAGCUCCCAUCAGAGAUCAUAUAUCAAAUCGCGACAUUUCUGCCAACUGCCAAUGCAUUAGCCCAUUUGUCCCAGACGUGUCACCGGCUACACGGCAUUAUCACAGCUGAAAAUUCUCGGAUCUUCCGAGCGUUUGUGCGAAGCAGGUUUCCGUCUGUCGAAACACCGCCAUUCUGGAAAGAUGCAGCACAAGCCUUGACCUCCAGGUCCCGGGCCUUGGACAGAAAAGCUAUCAUCGGACGAUUCGUUGUGCCACCUGAAACUGCCAUCAAAAUCGGUUCUCACGAGGUGACUCGCCGAGACAACCCGACUCUCGGGUACAGACCUUCUAUUGACUCUUACGAGAUCUGGAAUGGCCAGCGUUGGGCUGAUAGGAAGGAAGUUCUUGCCUGGGGUGCUGCCAACCAGCUUGUGAUAAGGACCAAGCAAACCGGUGCUCGCUCGCAAGAAGACUGGCUUGUCUUUAAUGAUAUUGAUCAUAUUAGCAGCUAUGAUGACAUUUGUUCUCUGCAUCUUUUGUCGUCGGGGAAUCAAUACAGCAACGAUCCCAACGUGGAGCAUCUGAUCUUUGGUCGGGUUCGAGGUGAUAUUGCUCACCUUGCCAUCUCCCCCAAUGAAGCAACAUUUGAGUACAAGAAAAAGUUCAUGGCAUAUGGACUUAAACUCGAUAAAACAGAUUUAAGCAGUGACAUAGACUCUACUUUGGCUGCUCAUUUUGAGAAUGGAUCCGUCGCUUUCUACCAUGUCCAAACCGACAAAGAAGAAAUUGAGCCAUUCACAUGGCUUCUACCGGAAGGCUCGUCACGAACCAACUACUCCAAACUGCUAUCCUCAUCAUUAGUAGCAGUAGGGACUGGAAGUGUGGAAAACUCCUUGUCUGUCUCGAAAAUUACACCAAACGGUGUCUCUGCAUAUCGAAAAAUCGGAAUCGGCUCUUUAGACACCGACUCUGCAAGCCUCAAAUCGCAAGUCCAUAUCGGCGCCAUUGAACCUCUCAAUAAACACACCCUGGCAGGCUCCCCGGGCGAAGUCUUUCUAACCGCCUGGGACGACUACACCGUCAGACUUCACGACCUGCGCUCCCCAAGGCCCUACGAAGUCUCCUAUAAAGACGCCACGGACCUGAACCCCAUCUACAGCCUCCACGCCUUCGGCAAUGAGCGCUUCCUAGCCGGAGCCGGCGGGGAAGCCGUGGUCAAGAUCUUCGACCUGCGCAUGUGCAACAGGUACAGUUACCUCGACGCACAAGUACCCGCCUCACAAUCGCAGAGCACGCAAACGCCAGCAAAUACCAAAGCCGACACCAGACCCAAGGCAAAAACAAAUGCUCGUCCUAAGAAGGGAUUCUCGAUAUUCCUCUCCUACCCACCACCCCCUACAUUCCCCCAACAAACCCCAGCCCCAGCCCGCAAUCGCCAAAGGGGUCCCUACCGAGGCCCCAUCUACACGAUGUCCUCACCCUCGCCCUCCUCCCCAACAGUCUACACUGGCAUCGUGGACGGGGUCGUCCAGCUCGACUUUGCGUCUACGGAUGACCUAACCGGCCCGCAGAAAGAGUGGUACAAAUAUAAUCUGGACCUAGGCGUGAAUACGGGUUCGGGGGUCUUACCGCGCUGGAACUCCGAGGCGUUCAACUUGGCUGGAUAUGAGCGCCCAGAUGAGGAUGACUUCGCUACCACUUCUAAGCUGAGGAAUCAGCGCGCGUUUGCGGAUAUUGAGCCUGGGGAAGCGGCUCGUGAGACGCAUACGGGUUGGGAUUGUAGGUGGGAGAGUUUGGAGGAGCCUGGAGCUUGGAGGAGGCGGGAUAGGUAG